AUGCUUCAGAGUAGCAUUUACACUUUCUUUUUGUGCUUUACUAGCUGUUUCUUCAAAGUCUCUUGCUCAUCAUCUGAGUUCAGCUUGGAGGGAGAUUACUUAUUGGGUGGUCUUUUUGUUUUACAUGAAGUGGAUCAUGCUACACCCCUGUCCACUCCAGAGGCCAUUGAAUGUUCUAGGCACACAUUCUCAGUAUCUGGCUAUCAGAUGUUCCAAGUGAUGAGGUUUGCUGUUGAGGAGAUUAAUAACUCCACCACCAUCCUGCCUAGUGUUUCUCUUGGCUAUGAGAUUUUUGACCAUUGUUCUGCAACAAAGAAUUUCCCGGCAGUUUUCAGUUUUAUCGCAGAGAAUGGAUCAAUAAAACCUAAAAAGAUGCUCAACGGCCAUCAGCCUAAAGUGAUUGCUUUAACAGGACCAUAUGGAAGUGCAAGAACUAUGACAAUUGCAUCAUUGUUCACAAUGGACCUUAUACCAAUGGUGAAUUAUGGAGCUACCAGCUAUGCAUUAAGUGAUAAACUUCAGUAUCCCUCUUUUAUAAGAACAAUCCCCAGCAACAAAGACCUAAUUCACAUGAUUAUUCGCAUCAUAAAAUGGUUUGGAUGGAACUGGGUUGCCUUUCUUGGUAGCCAGGACGCUUACAGUGAGGACGGCCUGAGACAGUUUAACAAGUAUAUUAGCAAUACUGGCAUUUGUUUGGCCUAUCAAGAGGCUCUUAGCCUAGAGGCAAACUACAGUCUAGCACUUAAAAAAAUUGAUUUGCUCAAAAUUAAUGUAAUUGUGGUUUUUGCUUUGCCACAAUAUGCAAAAAACAUUAUCAAAGCUGCCAUAGAGGGCAACAUUCGAUUUAAAGUUUGGAUUGCAAGUCAAGCAUGGUCUAUGGAUCAACAGCUUCCAAGAGAGCCAGGAAUUGAGAAAAUUGGUACAGUUAUUGGCAUUACAGAGAAAUUAUUAACAUUGCCCAGAUUUGCUGAAUUUAUCUUUAAAGCCACAGGAACAACUAAUGUUCAUGAAAAUGAUAGCAUUGAAGUUCAGAAUGAUACAUGUAAUCAAGCAUGCAAAUGCUGCUCUUUUUUGACUGCAGAGGAAAUUAUAAAUGAAAAUCCCACAUUCUCCUUUUCCAUAUAUGCUGCCAUAUAUACCAUAGCUCAUGCGUUGCAUAAAGUUCUGCAGUGCAACAUUAAUGAAUGCCACAAAAAUACAACGGUUAGGCCAUACAUGCUUCUGGCUGAAAUGAAGAAGCUACAUUUUCCACUCAAUGACCGUCAAGUGAAAUAUGAUGAUAAUGGUGAUCCAACCAUCAAUUACUCAAUCGUGCUCUGGCAUACUGAAAGAAAUCCUCCAUGGUUUGAGAUGGUGGGCACAUAUGAUACAUAUCCAGAAAUUACCUUUACCAUCAACAGCUCUCUUUUCCCCUGGCGUAACAAUGGUUCUGUUCCUUUCUCAAACUGCUCUGUUAAGUGUAAGGAGGGAUUUUCAAAGGUACCGGAGGGAUUGCAUGAUUGCUGUUUUCAGUGUCAAAAAUGCCCAAGAAACAGCUAUGUGAAUUAUUCUUGGGAGCCCUAUACCUGUUUUCCAUGUGCAGAGAGUGAAUGGUCUGAUGAGGGGAGCACAACAUGUAAGACACGCUCUGUUGUCUAUCUUGAGUUCACAGAAACCACCUCCAUCGGAUUCAUGGUUUCUGCAAUAUGCCUGUUGAUUUUAUUAAUUGCCAUAUUUUGCCUUUUUGCCAACAAUCAUGAUACACCAGUAGUAAAGUCUGCUGGUGGUAGCAUGUGUUUUCUUAUGUUGGCAUGUUUGACUGUGUCUAGCAUAAGUAUGUAUUUUUUCUUUGGAAAACCUACAUCUGCACAUUGUAUCUUGAGAAAUGUAAUGUUUGCAUUUUUCUUCACUGUCUGUCUCUCUUGUCUGACUGUUCGUUCCUUUCAAAUUGUCUGUAUCUUCAAAAUGGCUGCCAAGUUCCCCAAUUUGCACAGCUUGUGGGUUAAACACAAUGGCCAGUGGCUCUUCAUUGUGUUUUCCUCUGUCAUUGUUUUAAUUGCUUGUGUGUUAUGGGUGACUGUUGUACAUCCUAAACCCACCAGGGACACUUCUUUUAAUGACCAGAUUAUACUUGUCUGUGAAAACGAGAACGCUAUUACUGUUAGCAUACUUGUGUUCGUAAGUUGGUUUCUUGGUGUCCUGUGUCUCAUGUUUUCUUACAUGGGAAGAGAUCUGCCAAAAAAUUACAAUGAGGCCAAAUUAAUAACCUUCAGUAUUGUUUUGUUCUAUGUGACCUGGACUGCAUUCUUUACAGUAGACCUUACUCUCAAAAGCAAAUACAUCCUACUUUUUAAUGCAAUGGCCCAGCUUGCCAGUAUAAAUGCAAUUCUCUUCAGUUAUUUCAUACCAAAAGCUUACAUCAUAAUAUUUCAACCAAAGAAGAACACUCUUGCAUACUUUCAAAUAUCUAUUCAGAAUUAUACCCAAACCAUUUGUAGGACUUAGUCCAUGCUGUAUAGAUGCAGAUAAAAUCCACUAUAAAGGAACUGCAAUUGCCUUUAGUUUCAUUAUUGUUGUUAUUAUAACAUUUUUGUAUCUAUUUGACAUAAAUUAUUGGACAUUUCAGCUGGCACUUUCCUCUUUUCUGUCUUGCCCAGUACACUCCUAUAAUGCUAUAAAGGAAGUUCACCCCAAAAUCAAAAUGCUCUCAUCAUUUAAUCACCCUCAUGCCAUUGUCAUUGCUUUACGUGUUUUAACAAUCACAGGUUGCAGCACCUCCCACAGUCCCUCUUCUGUUGUAGAAGUACCUACCCUGUGUAGGACCUAAAAAGUCCCAAAAUAGUUCCUCUAAAUGGUUAAGAGAAACUAUAGUUUCUCAUGUGUGAAAACUAUGAAAAGUACUAGUUCCGGGUCAAAGUACCUAAAAUGGGCUUUAGUUCCUGCAGUGGGAAAGGGCCUUAUGUGAGAGUGUAUUUUCUCCAAUGACUGCAAUUAAUACAAAAUAUAGAUCUCGCCUACAGACAUCAUGUGACAUGUGUGUUAUUCUGUCCAAGAUAAUUCCUAAAAUGGCUGUGUUGUGUUGAAAGAAGCAGGCACACCCUUUUGAUCAUUAGUUAAUGUAUAUUUAAAUAGUUGAAAAAUGAGAUAACAGGCUUAUUAAUGUUUACUGAUAAAUUUAACUAACAUUCACUAAUUAUCUGUUGAGCAUUAUGUCAUGAAAAUUCAAAUACUUACAAAUAUUAUUAAACUUUCAUUCAUAAAUGGACUUACACUUUGGAACUGAUAAAUAUUUUUCCAUGAAAAAACCUUUUGAUAUAAAAUUGAUAUCAUGUGGUGGAUGCUUAUAUAUGUUGUCAUGCUUUAAUGAGAUGAGCAUUCCUUGGGGAUAUCGUGUUUACGUUCAGAUUGGCAAAGUGUUUUGCCAUUAAAACUGUAACAAGUUUACAAAAAUAAUAAUGAUUUCUGAGUACUUCUUUCUUUAAAAAUACCCUAGAUCGAUUCAGAACAACCAUUCUGGUCACAGCCCUGCACAUGUUUUUGCUGAAGUAGUGUGUUUAAAUAAUGCUGGGCAUAUUAAAAUAUUUUUCAAUGAAUGCAUGCUCACUUUAAGCUGUUUGUAAGUACCGAUUCAUAUUCAUAGCACAUAAUUGCACUAAUAAAAAGAUUGACAGAUAGCCUGCAAUUUAAGUGUAGAUGGAAUUGUUGGCAUUCUCUUCAUU